ACUGUCAUCAGCCAAACAAGGACCUCUUUCUCCUCUGGUUUUCUUAGUUUCCAAUGUUGUCAUCAUCCACGGCUGUUGAAGUUGAAGUUGAAGUUGAAGUUGAAGAAGAGGAAGAAGAACCCACAAACCUCCUCAACCGAGUUUCAUCUUCCUCUUCCUCAAAAUCGUCUUCUUCAUCGCCAUCCUUGUUGAUUCCCAGAACCAUGGAGGAAGUUUGGAGAAACAUAAAUUUGGGUUCAAUCCAAAACUACUCUGCAAACCCCAGACGACAGAGCAUCAUCCCUCACAACCCAAAUUUUAUCGUGCAGGAUUUCUUUGCCCGAUCCGACCCACCCACGAGUGCUCACGGACAGCCCACUCUGUUCCCGUCUCUGGUGCUGCCACCUCCGGCUACCGUUUUGAGCCUGAACUCCGGUCCCGGAUUCGAUUUUCUGGAGAACUCGCGGUUGCGGAGCAACUUCAUUCCGAAUUCGACGUCCAGCUGUAAUUGUCUCUUCAGGGCUCUGACCUCGUCUACUAGUUUGGGUUCUCUUGGAAAGAGAAGGGCGCAGGAUUCCGAUAACGAUUCCGGCGAGGAGCGGCACAAGAAGUUAAUCAAGAGCAGGGAAUCAGCAGCCCGGUCCAGAGCUAAAAAAAAGGAAACACAUCGUUUUUCCAUUUCUGCUUACACAAAAGAUUUGGAAUCCGAAGUGCAGAAACUGAAGAAAGAGAAUGCAAGACUCAAAAGACUGCAAGAACAGUUACGUAAAGCAGCAGCCGCACAGGUGAACAAGGAGCACAAACUUGAGCGGACAUCAACAGCUCCAUUCUGAGGAAAUUAUCUUCCCUUUUUAAUGAUGGAUUUUGAAUGGUGUAAAUCUGGGAGUUUUCUAGAUUAGCAAAAAUGGGUGAUUUUGGGAAAAGGAACUGGAGCCUUGUGUGGAAAAACCUUUUUUGAGUUGGUGGGUCAUUAUUUUUUGUUUCAUUUGUGCUUGAACUGAUUAGUCAUUACCAUUUCAUUGGACCCGAAAUGAUCUCAAAGAGAUAGUUACUGACACUUUGUGUUCUUCGGUGGCCUCAUCGCCGGUGGAGACUCUCUAUGCCUUACUCCUUGUCAUCGUCUAUUGGACUAACCCUCCUCUUAACCUUAUAUUUACACUUCUGUUUUGUUCGUCUUCUUAUAGAAAUCAACUUACGAGCAUUUU